ACAGUCAGAUCAUUACGACGAGGAUCAUCUGCGAAACUUCCGCUACUCGGUCAAAAACAAAUUUGCGCAGCAUAACGCGCAGUUGGAAGGAGCAGAAACUAUGACGAGGCAGAGUCCACUUUCGAACCAGUACCUCUCCGUCGAUUCGAGUUCCGAUGGGAGAUCCAACGAGACGUUUAGGUCCAGAUCGCCUCCGCCUGCAUAUCAGGACGCGUUCUCAGAUCUAACCGGAGAUCCAAUUGGCAGAAUAGCAAUUGGAACGAAAAAGAAGCCGAGGCAGUUAGUUAGACAAAAAGGCGUCCAAGAUUCUUUUGAAAGUGGGAAGUCGCCCACCGCUGGCAAAGGAGUCCGCUUUUUCAUUGGCCGCAAUGACUAUCUGGACAAUUCAAUUAGUAGUAGCGACCUACAAAAUCUUUCUAGGGAAGCAAAUUCUCCUCGUGAUAAUGAGAACCCCUGCUCUAAACUGAUUUCAAUUUCGUCUUCUUGUUCCACUUUCGCGGGAAUGUCGCAACUCAUAGUCGGGAGAAUUCUCAAUUCGGAUGCACUCGUUGGCCAUGACGUAAUCGGUGAUGUAAUGAAUGAGGCAAUGGAUGUGUCGGGUGAAGAUGGGAUGAAUGGUGAUUUGCACAACUGCAGAAAACGUAGUUGUUCCAGCGGGGCAAGUGGUGUCUGUGACCCUGCUGCUAAUUGGUCACACCCACAACACCACCUGUCUAUGUCUAAGCGUGGAUCUAAGCGCAAGGCUAAAAAUAAAACGGUGCUGUCUCUUGGACUGGACGUGUUGCCAGAGUACAAAGUGCAGCCUCCGAGAAUCCACCCCUGGACUGUGCUGCAUUACUCGCCCUUCAAGGCAGCCUGGGACUGGUUGAUCCUCAUCCUGGUCAUAUACACAGCAAUAUCCACUCCCUACGUGGCCGCAUUCGUCCUGCCCAACAAACAAGGACGGCUGGACACUUCUAUUCAUAGGUACAGUGACCCCAUCACGCUGAUAGACAUGCUAGUGGACAUUCUGUUCAUUAUCGACAUCAUCAUCAACUUCCGCACCACGUACGUCAACAGCCAAGAGGAAGUCAUCUCCGCUCCCAGCAAGAUAGCGGCCCACUACUUCAAAGGCUGGUUCCUUAUAGACCUAGUGGCGGCUGUCCCUUUCGACCUCCUCCUCUUCGGAUCAGAGGAAGACGAGACGACGACGUUGAUAGCGUUGCUGAAGACAGCCAGGCUGCUGCGUCUGGUGCGAGUGGCUCGCAAGCUAGACAGGUACAGUGAGUAUGGGCCGGCAGUGCUGAUCCUUCUCAUGUGUUCCUUCUCCCUUAUAGCCCACUGGCUCGCAUGCAUCUGGUACGCCAUAGCCAACAUGGAGAGACCCACGCUAGAGUACAAAAUAGGCUGGAUCGACCAGCUAGGAGAGCAAAUCAACCAGCCGUUCAACGACUCAGCCUCCGAACAAGACCUGCUGAUGUACCCCCCGCCGACAGCCACAGAAGCAGCAGCACAACUGCAUGCCCCCCGUGCUAUGCCAGGGGAGCCGGGAGGGGGGCCGUCGAUGAAGGCGACCUACAUUACGGCACUCUAUUUCACAUUCAGCAGUCUAACCAGCGUCGGCUUCGGCAAUAUUUCCCCCAACACCAACGCAGAAAAAGUGUUCUCCAUAUUAGUCAUGUUAAUCGGAUCUCUCAUGUACGCCUCCAUAUUCGGAAAUGUCUCGGCCAUCAUCCAGCGACUGUACUCGGGAACCUCGAGAUACCACACGCAGCUGAGGCGAAUCCGCGAGUUCAUCAAGUUCCACCAGAUCAAGAAUCCACUGAAGAACAAACUGGAGGAGUACUUUCAACACGAGUGGAACUACAGGAAUGGAAUCGACAUGCGAUCUGUGCUGCUCACUUUCCCCGAGUGUCUGCAGGCGGACAUCAGACUUCACCUGAACAAUGUGCUGCUCAGCAAGUCAAAUGUAUUCACAGAUGCAUCUCUGGGCUGUAAGCGUGCACUGGCUCUCAAGUUCGAGACCACCUCCAUCCCCCCGGGAGACAGUCUCAUCUUCCAGGGGGACCGACUGGACACUCUCUACUUCAUCGCCAGGGGCUCCAUAGAGAUACUCGGGGGAGAAGACGAUGAAGUGGUCGCCAUUCUAGAUUCGGAAGAUGUGUUUGGGGAUGGGGAGGCGUUCGCUGCUAACAUGAGUCCCAGAGCAGUAGGCAAGAGCAACUACGUGGUGAGGGCUUUGACCUAUUGCGACCUGCACAAGAUCAGACACGAAGAUCUCCUCGGUGUGCUAGACUGGUAUCCGGAAUUCACACAGAGUUUCUACGAGCAGCUGCAGGUCACCUUCUCUCUCAGAGACACAAGUCUGGACACGUCUGGUGCGAAGCCUCCAAAUCCAGACAUGAUUCCGAUGUCACAGCUCGACCACAUCACUGCAGUGUCCCAACGCAUGAACAACUACGGGGAGUUCCACAGACGCCAAUCGCAGCGACGCCCACUCCAUCCACAGAACCAGCCUGGACAAAUGGGGGGAUAUCACGACUCAACUGCAGACCCCUUCUCGUACUCAGACAGUCGAGUUAAUACUGUGGGAAUGCCCAGUGACUAUGCUGCAAGUCCUAAGAUGGCGUCCUCGGACGUGAACUUGCAGCGGGGGUUCCCGGGUCUGAGUCUGGCUCCCAGCAUGUCUCUGGACGGCGGCCUGGAGCCAGCAGCAAUUGGAAAAUCUCCUCCCAUCUCAGGUGGUGGGCCAGUGCAAUUGUCUCGUGGGGAUCUGAAGGUGCUGCACUCUCGCAUGUCCCAGCUGGAGAACAAGCUGGACGAGAUGGAACUCAACAUCACAUCCCAACUGCACUUCAUCACACAGUCUCUCAUGCUACAGAUAAACAACAACAACAGCAACAACAAACAGCAGCAGCAGCAACAUCAUCUACAGAACAUUAACAACAACAACACACUCUAUCCUAACCAAAGACAUCAGCCUCAUUCAUUACAACAACCUCAUCUGCACAACUCCUACUCUUUCGGAGGACCAGCAAAGUCUCCUUUUGUCCCCUCGCCUCUAGUUACAUCAGGCACAGAUGACAUAGCAAGUGGAGGAGACCACUUCUCGAGGCUGUUAACAGAAACCAAGCUGACAGAGCCUACGAACACAAUCAGCAAAUCUUCUUCCUCGCAUUGUUAAAACAAAUAACCGGUUCACAAAAUGAACAUCAAUUUAGAACUGUGUUGUGAAGAAAAGUGGAGGUCACAAAAUGAAGAUGAGCUUUAGGGAAAUAUUCUACAUCUGUUACAAUCAGAAUGAGCAUCUGUUACUUCACUAAUCACUGUUCUCAGGGCCAGAUGGUUCUUAACGAGAUCUUCCAAAAUGGGCUUCCGAAAAAUGCCGAAAUUAUCAUGUCUUCUAUCUGUUAUUGUCUGGAUUGCAAUUUGAAAUUGAUCUUGUUCCGAGGAUCUUGUUGAGAUUUGAAGUCUUGAUAUCAAAAGCAGUUUCUACCGGUCAUAUGAUUGAAGGCAAACUUUGAGGUUGGUGAGAUGCGCAAGCUAAUUUAUCUGGUUAUCUUCAAUCACAAGAAUCUGGAGUAUUCGAAAAUGGAAGUCCAAAUCAGAACUGUACUAAAUAUUUAAAAAAACUUGAUAUCUGUACUUGAUUUUGCAAUGUUAAGAUCAGGCCAGGUUUAGUUGUUCCUGCGUUGUGCUGAAUUUGUAUCGAAUUGUUGUUACUUCAAGUGCAAUUAUUUAUACACUUGUACACUUAGAUUACAAUAACUGUUCAUUCACGUUACAUUGCUUAUUUAGUUGCUUCGUCUUAGUGAGCUGUUUUAAAUAAAUUGAGAAUCUACGUGGGCAGUGUUCCUCUGCUUCUAUGCAGAAUUUGAAUGGAAAGACUGCAUUUGAAAAUUCGUAUGUUUUCAUUUUAUGAAUAAAGAAGCUACUGUUGAAA